AAAUAAUUUUGUUCUUGCACCCAGACCAAGAUGGCUGCCGAGAACUGGGAUGAUAAUGCCGGACCCGUUGAGGCUGAGGUGCCUGAGAUUCACCUGUUUGGACGCUGGAGCUGUGAUGAGGUCCAAGUCAGUGACAUCAGUUUGACUGAUUACAUCGCCGUCAAGGAGAAGUAUGCCAAGUACCUUCCCCACAGCGCCCAACGCUACCAGGUUAAACGCUUUCGUAAGGCACAAUGCCCCGUAGUGGAGCGUCUGACAAGCUCCAUGAUGAUGCACGGCCGCAACAACGGCAAGAAGCUUCUGACCAUGCGCAUCGUCAAACACGCCUUUGAGAUCAUUCAUCUGUUGACCGGAGAGAACCCCCUUCAGGUUCUGGUGAAUGCCAUCAUCAACAGCGGACCCCGUGAGGAUUCCACCCGUAUCGGUCGUGCUGGAACCGUCCGCCGACAGGCUGUAGAUGUGUCCCCACUCAGGAGAGUCAACCAGGCAAUCUGGCUUUUGUGCACUGGUGCCCGUGAGGCUGCUUUCAGAAACAUCAAGACCAUCGCCGAGUGUCUAGCUGACGAGCUCAUCAACGCAGCUAAGGGAUCAUCCAACUCUUACGCCAUCAAGAAGAAGGACGAGCUUGAACGUGUCGCCAAGUCCAACCGUUAAGAAAAUUCAAACCAGAACUCUCACAAUGGCACAAUAUUGCCAAUCAAACCUCACCACAGCUACAACAAACCAAGUUUAUUUCUAAACAACUAUUUUUCAACGACUGCUAGGUUGAGAAUCUGUGUAUGUUUUUAUGCAGUAUCUAUUUUUGUUGACAACUUUACGAAAUUUUAGCUCUGACAGGCUGGCCACCAGUUAGGCUGCUGGACCUCUGUUUAAAGCAAAGUUGUUUUCUUCUUAGCAGUUUUUACGUUGAAAAAUGCCAACACAAACUAAUUUAAUUCUUGGUUGCAUUGUUUACUUGAUCUUAGGACAAGGAUAUUGAAAAAAAUAAAAAUAAACUGUACACACCACUGAGAAGGCUCAG